AUGGGCGCACUAUUGUCCUCCGUCCUUGCGCCUAUCGCCUUACCACUGGGCUCAUUCUUAGCUAUUCCUAUGCUAUCCUCCUGGUCUACAGGCUUAAAUCUUAUCUUCCUCUCUGUUGCAUGGACAACGAUCGCUGCAUCUUACUCUCCUCUCCAGCUUGAGCUAGUUGCACCACUGGUCCUUCGACUAUCUCUGUACAUCAUUCCUAGCCUGAUCUUCUUGCUAUUUGAUAUCGGCGUACCGAGUUUAGCAGUUGAGUUCAAAUCGCAAGGACAAUGGGGUAUUCCAAGCAACCAAAAGGGUGGCGCAAGAGCAGUGAGGAGGGUUAUAGCGUGGAGCUGUGCGAAUGUACUGCUCACUGUUGCAUUGCAAGCGGGCAUCGAGUUCCUGAUUACCGACAUACUACAAAUGAGGAGUCUCUUACUCAUCAAAGGCAGUAAAUGGGGAUUGAAUCAUCUGCCAAACCCGUGGACGAUGGUUAAACAUGGCAUCAUUGGACUUGUAUCACGCAAUAUCCUGCAAUACUAUGUCCAUACACACUUGCUGCACUCACCGAACGGCGGAGCACUCUCGGACUUGCAUCAAGGCUGGCAUCACAGCGUCAAGAUCCCAUACUCCUUCGCUGCAAAUUACGACCAUCCCAUCUGCCACCUCUUGCACCGCUUUCUCCCCCUCUACCUUCCAGCGAUUGCUCUACGGAUGCAUAUCCUUACCUAUUUGAUCCUGAUCGCUAUCUUCAGUCUGGAGGAGACAUUUGUGUACUCUGGCUACAAUGUUCUACCCUCAACUAUCAUGUUGCGAGGUAUGGCGCGACGUGCUGAUGCGCACAUGAUGAGUGAGGGAGAGGGCAACUAUGGAUGCCUAGGUGUCUUGGACUGGUGCCACGGAACGACGUUGGGCAAGGACGUUGUUGAGGACUUGAAGGCGGAGAUGGAGAAGCAUGAUGUGGAGGGCAAGGCGGGGAAAGCUAUAAACAGCGCGGGGGAUACGGCCAACGGGCUGGCAGGGAAGUUUGAUAGGGCUAAGAAGGGGAGAGGGAAGAAGUAG